GCAGAUUACCGGGAGGCGUUGCCUUGGUAACGUGCGGAGCCGCAAUAUGGCUGGCACCAGCUGGCUGGAGCGGUUGCGUGCCGCUCGCAAGACCGCCCUGCUCGCCGAUGGUAAACGAAAAAUCCAUUACUUGUUUGAGGAUGGAAAGGAGAUGGCAGAAGAAUAUGACCUGAAAACACACCAGCUACUCUUAAGAAAAUGGAGAGAGAAGAAUGCCUUGGGUGCACAUGGUAAUUGGGAGGUUGAAGUGGGAGAACCCACAUUGCUUGCAGCAGGAGCACUGGACCGUGAGUUCAUAAAGGAGAGCAAUACCAAUCCUGUCUUUAUGCGCAAAGACACCAAAAGCAGUUUUCAGUGGCGGAUCCGAAACCUGCCAUAUCCUAAGGAUGUCUACAGUGUUUCAGUAGAAAAGGAUCAGCGCUGCUGUGUGGUCCACACAACAAAUAAGAAAUACUACAAGAAAUUCACUAUUCCUGAUUUGGACAGAUUCCAACUGCCUUUGGAUAGCACAGCUUUGAAUUUUACUCAUGCCAAUAAUACAUUGAUCAUCACAUAUCAAAAGCCAACAGAAAUAUUAGCUGCAGAAGAGGAACUGCAAAAAGAACUGAAGAAGAUCAAAGCUGCUAAUAAUGGGGAAGGAGACUGCAAGACACAGUAGUCAAGAAUGUGAAGUGCAUUGUCUGUAUUUUUAUUAAAUAAUUGUGCUGAACAGGAACCAUUCAUUCAUUUCAUUUAUACCCUGCCACAAUCUACAGAACUCUUGGCAGAUUGCAAACAUUAAAAUCUGCCAUUGAAUAGUAUCUAAAAACCUAAAACAAAACCAACUGGAAAAUGCAAAAAUCCAAAAAGGGCCUCUUAAGGAGGGAAUAUAUCACUUUAUGGCUCCCAGCAACACCUGUUAUGGUAAGGAGACAUUGGUAAUCUUCCAAAUCCAAGAAAUAAGACUCACCUACCCCUAACUAUCCUCAGUAUGCCCAUGUGGCAGUAGCACUCAAGCCUUCCAAGCACUGGUUAUCAGUUUGUUUCUAGGUGCAAUUCAAUAUGCUUGUUACUGGAGGGUGUCAAUCCAGCGAAGUUAAUCUACUACAUGUUCCUUUGAUCAACCAAUGGGGGCCUUCGUUAACCAUAUUGGAACCUCAGGAUCAUGACUUCUGUCAUGGCACCUGCAUUCCAGGAUGAGGUUCUCUUGAGAUCCAGAGGGCUUCCAUCCUGAUGGCAUUCUGGCAGGCCUUAAAUGACUUGGCUAUGCUCCCAGGCUUUGGACUAAGGCGAUUGGAUCCCCUCCCCGUGUAUGAUAGAUAUUGUUGACAAGAGACGCUACCUUGUUUAUUGCUAUGUCUCUCUUUGCAUUACAUAUUUGUUGUAUUGUUUUAUGCUUGAGCAGCCCAGAAUCAAUUAGAGUCUACAUUGAUAUAAGUAGCUGAAACAGCUGUGAGGGACAGAGGUCCAGAUCAUAGAUAAUAGAGGGCAUCUUAGAGGGUAUGUAAAGAAUCCCAAUUAACCUGGCAAGACAUUCCAAUCAAAUCACUAGGUAAUACCAAAGCACAGCCAGGAGAAUCUGAACAAAUCUAUGGCAAAAUGGCUAACUGGUCACCACAAUCACUCUUGCAACUGGCUCCUUCUCCAAAGGGAAUUAACCAUUCUGCAAAGAGCUUCUGGAUGACAACAUGCCAAGGCAACAAGAGAAGUAGGAAUGCUUUAUUCUCUUAUAACUGGUGCAGGCUCAAAUCUGGGCACAUAAUUGUGUUCAAUUUCAUUCUUCAUACUCCUCUACUCUCUGGGCACUGCUGCCUCAACUCCCACUGACAGUCCAAAACCCAUCAGCCACUAAGGAUAGGCCCAACAGCACCUGCUUAAAAAUGGUUUCACUGAGGGCCCAUGAGGGCUUGUUGCCUAGGUUGAGAGCAGCAAAAUAGGCACUCGAUAGACUCACACAUCACAUCUUUGGGAAAAUCAAGUACCCACCAGAAACUACCCAGAUCCAAAAGUGCCUGGAAUGGAUCCUCUAAAUGGGCAUCACCUUGGAAGUUGUGGGUAGCCAUCAAUUUAUGCUAGACCAGGAAGUGAUCUGACUAUGACGAGAAUAAUAGUUAUACUCUCCAUAUCCAGAUCUAAAGUGGUCUGAAGCAAAAACUAGAUGCAAUAUGUGGACAAGCCCAUAAUACCAUGAAAUGGUCAGCUUGGUAUCUGCACCAUAUUACCCACUGCAUUAUUCUUAGGUGUGGUGCCAAGGCCCCUUCUUCGACUGCCAGCAACCUGAAUGCAUCACAUUCUGUUUUCUGCCAGCUAGCCACUCUUAGGCACCACAAUAGUUGCUUUGGGUAAAUAAUCUGAGACCUAAAAAUCCCCACCUUCUGCCAGCUCAAUGAAGCCCUACAAUCUGGCCACUUAAUGGAGAAAGGCCUUCCCUUGAUAUUCCAAAUCUAGUCCCAUCAAACUAGUUUCCCUCCAGUACAGUACCACAAUCUUCCCUGUUGUUUUAAGAUUGGGAGAUCAAGAAUAACUCAAAAGUUCUGUUCCAUUUCUGUCACUGUCAACACUGCCAUACCUGGAAAUCCCUAAGUCAAUUUGAGUGCCACCUCCUAAUAUCUGCUUUUAAAGCUUGUUUACACAAUUACAUAGCCACUUUUUAUACCACAGUAUGUGACUUGUAUUAUGUUUUUAUUACAUAUACUAAUGCCCUACUAGGUUUAUCUGUUAUAGCAUAUCAAAAUUUGAAUCCUAGACAGUGAUAAGCCUUUCCAAAUAUUUUGUUUUAAAAUAGAUAUUCAUGAUAUUGUCCUGGUUUCCCAAUCCCUCAUGCAGAAUAUUCAGAGUUUAUAAUCCAGUUUGUUCAUCUCCCAUUUAAAAAAAAAAUCCCUUUGUCUCAAUUACACUGUUUUAUAUAUCAGACACUGAAAUAAAGAAAUGUUUAUGUUUCAGACAUUGCUUUUUAAUUCAAUUCUACAAAAAGAACACAGUUCUGUCUUACACAGACUUCACCGUUUAACAAUUUAAUAAUUAGAAUUAGAAUAAAAAGUAAGGUGUGGGAGCAUUCCUGUUGGUUGUUUUGGCCAGCCAAUUCUAAUUCCAUUCACAUAUUUUCAUACUGGUUUCUUAUUUUUAGUGUGUCUGCAAACUUUUGAGUCCCCUAAUAAUUUCUUAUUUGAUGAUAUUCCUACCUUAAAUAGAAUAUCCUAUUUAAACUCAUAUGUACAAGAAGCGGAGUGCAUUGUUCAGAAACACUGUAGGGUUUACAGAACACUGUCUUUAGAAAAAGAAGUAUUAGUAUUAAUGGUAUAUCAUUUAUAAAUACAGAUGUUUGGUGAAAGUGAUGACAGAGGCCAGGAUACCACCCCAUGUUUUUGCAUCUUCUCUCAGAAUUAUGCAUGGUUAGGUGUUUCUUCAAA